AUAUUACUCCAUUACUCUCAUUUAGAAGAAAUCCAACAAGAGGAAAAAAGAAGAGGGCAAAGUCUCUUUUUCUGUUUCUCGCCUGUUUUCACUCUCAUUCGUUUGGAGGUUUUUUUGUUCUUUCCAUUUUUUUCAUCACAGAUCCGAGCCCUAAUUCAUAUACAGAUACAUACAGAUUCACAUACACACACAGUCAUCGGCAAUUGAUCGCCCGUCAGUCCAUCCGUCACCGGCGCCGAUUUCGUUAAUUUUCUGAUUUUUGCUCUCGGAGAUCUUUGAAUUUUACCCAGUCGAAGAGUCUAGAAUAAGAAAAAGACGGGGCCUUGUUUUAAUGAAGUUCGGUUUAGGGUUUUCAGAAGUUGAUGGAUGAUCGAUAUGCCUCAACUGCGUAGCGGUGUGCGCAGAGGCCGUCGACCGAUUGCUUCAAUCGAACCCGAAAACAACAACAACAACGAGAACAAGAGGGUUGCACGGAGAACAACGAGGACGCGGAGAGCAGCGGGUGCGGGAAAUAGAGCCGUUGGAGGAAGGAAGAAGAAGAACAACGUUAAUAACGAAGAAGAGGUAAUUAAGGAAGUUGUACCUAUAGUAGUGGUAGAUGAUGAUGAGGAGGAGAAUGCUGUGAAGAAAACGACGUCGUUUAGGACUGGUGAAGCAGAGGAGGAUAAGGAUAGGAAGAAGGAAGUAGAGGAAGGAGAAAAAAAGCAGCAAAUGGACGAGUACGGUAGUGGCGGCGGUGGAAGCGGCGGUGAUAAGGGUUUGGGAGCUGAGGAAGAAGGUAGCACUGCUCCCCUUCCUGAAAGGGUCCAGGUUGGUGGAUCACCAGCUUAUAGGAUUGACAAAAAGCUUGGUAAAGGAGGAUUUGGUCAAGUGUAUGUAGGUCGUCGGGUAAAUCCGUCACAUCCACACGAAAGAACUGGCGCAGGAGCUGUAGAGGUUGCCUUGAAAUUUGAGCAUAGAAGUAGCAAAGGUUGUAACUAUGGACCACCUUAUGAGUGGCAGGUCUACAAUGCCCUUGGUGGUAGUCAUGGGAUACCACGUGUCCAUUACAAGGGACGACAAGGUGAUUACUACAUUAUGGUUAUGGAUAUGCUUGGUCCUAGUUUGUGGGAUGUCUGGAACAAUAAUUCUCAUGCGAUGUCUAUUGAAAUGGUUGCAUGCAUUGCCAUUGAAGCAAUAUCCAUACUUGAGAAGUUGCACUCUAGAGGGUAUGUGCAUGGAGAUGUGAAACCCGAAAACUUUCUUCUUGGGACUCCUGGAACUCCUGACGAGAAAAAACUUUUUCUGGUUGACCUUGGAUUAGCAACAAGGUGGCGCGAUACUUCAACUGGUUCUCAUGUUGAGUAUGACCAAAGGCCUGAUGUCUUUAGGGGAACUGUAAGGUAUGCUAGUGUGCACGCUCACCUCGGAAGAACUGGAAGUCGGAGGGAUGACCUAGAAUCCCUGGCUUACACUCUCAUCUUUCUUCUCCGAGGCCGGCUGCCUUGGCAGGGAUAUCAGGGUGAGAAUAAAGGUUUCCUUGUCUGUAAGAAAAAGAUGGCGACUUCUCCGGAUACACUUUGCUGCUUCUGCCCUGCUCCAUUUAGGCAGUUUGUGGAAUAUGUUGUGAACUUGAAGUUUGACGAGGAACCUAAUUAUGCGAAAUAUAUCUCGCUGUUUGAUGGAAUAGUAGGUCCAAAUCCAGACAUCAGGCCAAUCAACACUGAUGGUGCACAGAAGCUUAUAUAUCAAGUUGGACAAAAGAGAGGAAGGCUUACGAUGGAAGAAGAUGACGAUGAACAACCAAAGAAGAAAGUACGAAUGGGAAUGCCUGCAACGCAAUGGAUUAGUGUCUACAAUGCUCGUCGCCCAAUGAAGCAAAGGUAUCAUUAUAACGUUGCUGAUACGAGGCUGGCUCAGCACAUUGAGAAAGGAAAUGAGGAUGGACUAUUCAUUAGCAGCGUGGCAUCCUGUUCGAACUUGUGGGCCCUAAUUAUGGAUGCAGGGACUGGGUUCACUGCUCAAGUUUAUGAGUUGUCACCUCUUUUUCUUCACAAGGAGUGGAUCAUGGAGCAAUGGGAGAAGAAUUAUUAUAUUAGUGCGAUAGCAGGAGCAAAUAAUGGGAGCUCUUUAGUAGUUAUGUCAAAGGGUACUCAGUAUCUGCAGCAGUCCUACAAAGUCAGCGAGUCAUUUCCUUUCAAGUGGAUAAAUAAAAAAUGGAGAGAGGGGUUCUAUGUCACGGCAAUGGCAACUGCAGGAAGUAGAUGGGCAAUUGUUAUGUCACGUGGGGCGGGGUUCUCUGAUCAGGUGGUGGAAUUAGAUUUUCUCUAUCCUAGUGAAGGGGUUCAUAGGAGGUGGGAUGCUGGUUACCGUAUCACGUCCACUGCAGCCACAUGGGAUCAAACUGCUCUUGUUCUAAGUGUUCCGAGAAGGAAGCCUGCGGAUGAAACACAAGAGACACUUCGUACUUCUGCCUUUCCUAGCACUCAUGUCAAGGAGAAGUGGGCCAAGAACCUUUACAUUGCAUCAGUUUGUUAUGGGCGAACUGUUUCUUGAGGCACUUAAAAAUUUGGUUGGGAAUUUUCUUGGGUAUCAUGUGAUACUCUGUUGUAUGUGCCUUGAAAAAGUGCUUGCUUAUUUUUCAUCUAAAUGGAGAAAAAUGGGCAGUCUUUCCUCCUUGGCUAGCUGGCUCUUUUAUUAUCCUUUGGAGAUGACAUUCCCUAAAUUCCGUGGCAGUUCAUGAUCUUAUAUGGGGGUUUAUUUACUUGUCAAAAUUUGUAUAGUUUGAACAAUAAUUAGUUUUUAGAGGCAAGAUAAACAUCUAAUUUUGUAGUACUAUGACCUUGCAAUUUAAGAGUACAAAGUAGCUUGGACAUUAAAGGUAUAUGACCUUAUUUCUUAAUUUUUUCUGGCAAUUUUUCCUGGUUUGAACUUCUGUUCCGGGGAUCAUGAAUUUGAAUUGAAUCCCUGGUUGUUGGUCUUUCCAUUCUUGAUGUAUUUGGCAUUCUGGUCUCCAGACACAGAAAAUUCCAGUCUGAGUCUCUCUUCCCUCAUAUGCAACAAAUGGUGUUCUGGAGUUGGUGUCUGUCUUGAAUACGUUAAUUUGUUCAUAUUUUUCAAUUUUCUCAGAAUACUUCUAUGUUGCAACUAUCUGAAUGUUAGGUAUCCUUUUUUGUUGUAAUAUUAUAUAUAGGGGGAAGGGGAAAUGGGGAGGGGAUUACAAGGUGCCCUCACCAGCAAGGUGAAAGUUCAGGUAGCCAACCAACUGUGCUUUUAAGAUUCCCCGAACGUUAGGUACCCAAAGCUCUAUUAGAAACUAUUAUCGCGAGGAAGAAUUGAUUUUCACUUAAGUAAAUUUUUGAAACAUAAACUAUUUAAAAAAGAUCAUGUUCCUCGCUGUAUUAGAGUGUAAUAGAGUUAGACUGGAGUAUCGUGGAAUGACUAUUAAGGGUUCAUAGUUGAACCAAAUUAUUUGUGGUUGGUGUAAUAGAUUGAUGGAUUGUUUCCCUGUGCUGGGGUUCAAAAUCUGAGUGAUCUAUUGUGUUAGACUAUUAAAAAACUGUGCCAGUCUGAACGAUAACCUGCACGAAGUCCCUGAUUAUGGAAGCUUCUUAGAAGAAAUUGAUGUAUUAUCUGCGGUGGUUUUUGCUAUAAUUUUUUUUAGAAAAGGUGCAUGAAAUGUACAUUCGUGCCAUAAAUCAAAUUGUGAGCUGCAAAGAAGGGGGUAAGCUUAGCCGGCCGAAUUUCAGCCAAGAUGAAAUGUGUAAGUUUUGUUUUCACUGGGAUGAGAGUGGCACAAGUUUGGAAUGACCUCCUGGCCAUGGCUAAUCCAGCUUGGCCUUCCCUCUUGUUAUUAACACUUUAAAAGUAUGUUAGUUGUCCUUACCUGCAUAUAAUGUGUGUGGGUGUGUGUGUUGUUGGACUGAUAAAUAGAAGUGUCUGCUGAUUAUUCUGUUACAAGGUCUUUUACUUAUAUCUUUCACGCUGUUUUCCUCAAGUAUGUCAUAUCCAGAUGUCCUUUCAGGGCUAACUGGUGUUGUCAGGUGGCAUGCUCAGAUUUUCCUCGUGGUUCCUUGAUGGUAAGUUCCAAUAGUUUCUUUCCUUUUGUAAUUUAUUGUUUGCCACAAUUGUCCACAGGAUUUAGAUCAUAAGUUGGGACCAAUGGCCUUAGGCAAGAUGGCAUUAAGAGGUAUAUGUUGGGCUCCAUGGGAUGGAUCUUUGCAAAAGAUCAUAUGGUGCUAGAAAAUGAAGAGAACUCCAGCUCGUGAAGUAUAACUGGGUAUUUAUUAAUUCAAGUUCGUAAAUUUUGGAACAGAAAGAAACUGAUCCUUUUGUCAUCUCUUAUUGCAACUGCUCCUUAUGGUUCAAAAUUAUUUCCUGUAUUAUGUGUUUUAUCACUUUUAUGCAUUUUGGAACCUCAUGUGGUUUGAAAUUAAUUACUGGUGAUUUCAAGGAUGUUGGAAUCAAGUGCUUUUGUCAAGACCAACUUCCAUCAGGCCUUUAACUUUUGGCAUAAAGUUGGAGCUAUACAAAGGGCAAUUUGUCACAUUCUUCCUUAGUCUUCUAGAACUCAGUAGGUAGCUAUCAUGUAAAACUUAGUGCCUUUGGAUGUGCUGCUGCUGUCUGCUGAAUGUUUUUCCUGCAUGUAUUUCCGAUUGCGACCUUUAAGUGGUUUGAUUUGACCUGCCUAUUUGAGUUGGUUUACCUGCCUUCACAUAUUGUACUGGUGAAAUGAACUUCAAUUGCCUUC